AUUUGUUUUUAAAUGUUCAAAAUCACCUUCACUAUUAUUACAGCAAUAUGCCUCCAUCAUCAGACCACAACUAUACUGACAGAACUAAUUAAAUCCAGUAAUAACACAGAAGGUCACAAUUCAGCCUUUUUAAAAUCAUGUAUAGCAAGCUGCCAUGGCACAAUCCAGAGAUUACGUUGGAGACUUCCUGACAGAAUUCAAGGAGCAGAUAAUUACGAGAGCGACUCGGGUCAGUGAAAUUGCUGAGGAUGUUAUCUCCCAAAGUCUGAUUCAUGAUGUGGCAGCUCAACAAAUGCAGGCUGCUCCAAGCAAGCAGGAGGCAAUGAGGCUCCUGUUUAAGGCUUUGGAAAGACAGCCACCCCUAAACAGAGUGUCCUUCCAUCUCAUCCUGAGAAUGACAGAGCCUGAACUGAUUUAAGAACUAGAAUGGAGACUAUGCAACAGCAAGCACACACAAACAGAGAGAAGCAGUCCUCCCAGAGAAAAAAUAAAACAGGAUGACAAGAAUGGGCAUACAAGUGACAUCCAGAAGAGAAAAGAUUUUCUUAAAAAGUGUAGACUGAAAACAAUGCGUGCCAUUGAGCAGAUCGAGAAAUUCUGGGAAGGAACUAAGCAAGAAAGGACGGAGAUAGACAACAUGAGGCAGAUGAUUCAGCAACAGCAAGACGAGAUAGCCAGGAUGACCACAGAGAAAAGACAACUUGAGAGAACUAUUACUCACAUGAAAGCCAAGAUGGACCACAUCUGUGAAAGAAUGGAUCGGAAUAAAGAAGAGGUAAAUAGAGAGAGAGAGAGGAUUGAGCAGAUGAGAUCUGACCUCCAAACUGAGCAAACCACCCUGAAGCAAAAGCGUGAUGAAAUCAUGAGAGAGAGACAGAUCUUGGAGAUGAUCAGAUAUGAGACUCUGAGACAGAAGGAGGAGCUGGAGAGCAACUAUGAAAGCAAAAAAGUAUGAGAUGGAACAAAUGAAAAGUGCCAUACAAGUUCAGAUCAAUGAGAUGGAGAUGAAGAUUGAGGAAACACAGAAAACAAAGUGUCAGACGGAGCAGAUGAGAUCUGAAAUAGAGGAGGAAAAAGCAGAGUUGGAGAGAAAGAAGGAUGACAUCAAGAGGCAAAGAGACCAGUUUGAACAGAUUAAAGCUGAUAUACAGCAAGUUAAGAUGGAAAUGGAACAAAGGUGGCAUGAAACAGAGAAAGAAGGGCUGGAACGGACCGCUAUAAUUCAGAAAGAGAAAGAUGAGCUGAAGUACCUGCAAGAUGAGAUUCAAAGAGCAAGAGAAGAGGUUGAAAGAAACAGAGCAUUUUCAAAACAAGAGAAUGAGAGAAUAAACCAACUGAGAGCUCAAACACUUACAGAAAACAACCUAAUUGAAAAGAAAUGGCAAAAGAAAUGGAAAUGGAAAAAGAUCUGAAAGAGAUGAAACAUGAAAUUGAGAGAGGUCGAGAGGAGCUGAUGAUGAAUGAAGAGCUGGUCAAAAAGGAAUGGGAAAAAAUCGAACAGGCCAAAGUGGACGUAGACAAUCACAAGACAUCUAUGGAUGCCAGAGUUGAGGACAUAAAAACAGAAACUGUUAGGCUGAAACAUAUGAAAAUAGAGAUGCAGAAAGAUAAAGAUAUUCUAGAAAAACAGAAGGAAGACAUACAGAAAGCUAAAGAAGAAAUGGAAAAGAAGAGGUAUGAGAUAGUGACAGAGGAGUUAGAGCACAGAGCUCGGCUGCAGAGGGAGAGAGACAAGCUGGAGAGUGUAAGAGCAGAGGUACAAAGGGCUAAUGAUAUGGAGAAAGCAAAGAUACUGAAAGAGAAGGAAGAAAGCAUUAAUAUAAGAAAAGAAGCCAGACAAGAAAGAGAAAUGACAGAACUGAUCAAAGCAGAGAUCAAGGCUGAAAAAGACAGCUUGAACCAAAGACAAGAGGAAAUGCUGAGGGACAGACAACAGCUAGAAAGAAUUGAACGUGAGAUGGACAGAGCCAAAGAGGAGAUCUAAAAAAAAGCAAAGAAGUCACAAUCCGGGAAAAUUAGAAAAUUAAAAAAAUGAAUGCUGAAAUUCAAGAAAAAAAAUUGAAGAUAUUGAGAAGAAGGUUGAGGAGAUCCAAAAAAACAAAAGAAAAAAUGGAGGAGACAAAGGCUGAGUUGGGGGAAGAGUGGGAGGAGCUGGAAAGAAAGAGAGAAUUAGUGAGAAUAGAGACCGAACAGUGUGAGUUCCUCAGAAGUGAAAUCCUCAAGGUGAAGGAGGCAAUGGAGAGCAGGUGGCAUGAAACAGAGAAAGAGGAGGUGGAACUCAGAGCAAAAACUCAGCAUGAGCUAGACAGACUGGAGAAAUUAAGGGAUGAGGUCCAAAUAUCCCAGAAAAAUAUUGAAGAGAGCAGGAAUGAGCUCAUGCAAUGGAAGGAUAGUCUUGAAAAAAUGAUGGUUCAGGCAGAAGAAGACAAACGUGCAGCUGUCAAACAGAUGGAUGAGGCUAAAGCAAAGAAAGAAAAGCUGAAAAAAAUGGUAGAAAAGAUGGAGAAAGAUCGAGGGGAGAUUAAUAACAGCAGAGAACAGGCUAAUCAAGAAGCAGAUGAAAUCAAAAGGAUGAGAAAUGAGCUACAAAGACAGCAGGCAGAAAUAGAGAACAGGAUUAGAGUGGCAAAACAAGAAAAAGAGGAGGCAAUCCAUGCCAUACUUGCAGUCCAAGAGGCUCAGAUGCUCUUAAAAAAGCAAAUGGAAGAGUCAGAAAAAAGACAGUAUGAAGCCAUAACAGAGGCAUUGGAGCAAAGAGAUGAAAUACACAAAAAAACAGAGGAGUUAGAAAAAAUAAAUGAAGAAAUACAAAGAGCCAGGCAUGAGCUAGAAAAGUUGAGGCAUUCUGAAAAAGAAAGCAGAGAGCAGAAAAUGUUAGAGGACACACAGCAAGAGAGAGAGUUUGUUGGGCAAAUGAAAAUAGCUGUGCUGAAGGACAAGGGGGAUCAGGAAAAGUCUUUAGCUGAGAUAGAGAAGAAGAGAGAGGAGCUCAAACAGAUUAGAGUUCAGGUCCAGAACGAGAAGAAAGAUCUAGAAAAAUGAAGGUCUGAGAUUAUGAGAUAUGACAUAGAACAGAGGGCUCAGGUAGAGAGACAAAGAGAAGAACUUGAGAAGAUCAAGACUCAGUUAGUUAUUGACACAAAGACCAUGAACAGAAGCAAAGAAUUAGCGCAACAAGACAGAGAGAAAGUCGAGUGUAUUAUGAUUGAGAUCCAGAAACAAAGAGAGGAAGUGAAUAAAAGGUUAGAGGAGACAAAACGACGAGAGGACGCUUUGAGGAAGAUGACAGAGGACAUAGAGCAUGAGAGAGAAGACCUGGAGAAGAUUUGUGUGGAAACGCUGAGAGGGAAAGACACAUAUGAAGAGGUCAAGGAUGAGAUUACCAGAGUGAGAGCGGAGAUAAAGAGGUUGUGGGAUGAGGCUGAAAAGGGAGAGCUGGAGGAACGAGAGAGAUUAAACAGGGAGAAGAUGGAGACGAUGGGGAAGAUAGAAGCUAUGAAGAAGGAGCUGGGUGAGAUUGAAAACACAAAGGUGGAGUUAAUUAAACAAAAGAAGGACAUUGACGUAAAGAUGGAAAAGGAAAGGUUGGAAAUGACUAAACUUGAAAAGAUGAAAGCAGACCUCCAAAAACAGAAAGAAGAUAUUGAAAUCCAGAUGAUGGAAGCAAAGUGUGAGAGAUACCAGAUGGAACUGAUGAGGACUGAGAUCUUAAAACAAAAAGAGGAUGUUGAAAGCAAAAUGGAGCUAGCAAAAGCAGAAAUGGACAAAAUGCAGCUUGUCAAAGAGGAAAUACAAAGACAAAGAGAAGAGCUUGAUGAAAGGAUACAGAAAACCAAACGAGAGAUUGGAGAAAUGGAGCUCAUGAAGAGAGAAAUGGAAGCGAAGAAGAAAGAACUUGAGAAAAGGAUGAAAUUGACCAUGAGGAAGAAGGACGAGAUGGAACGACUGAAGAUGGAGAUACAAAGAGCAAAAGAUGAGAUGGAACGUAAAAGAGUGAAGACAGAGAGGCAGAAGUAUGAAAUGGAGCAAGUUAAAGCUGAAAUCCAAAGAGCGAGAGAGGAGUUUGAAUUUAGGAUGGAGAAGAGAGAUUUAGAAGAAGAGAAAGGGCAGAUGAACCUCACUAUAAUGUACCUUAUCCAACAGAUUGAGGUGACAAGAGAAAUGGUGCGAAAAGCAAAAUUCCAGAUUGAAAGUCGAAUGGCAGGAAGUCAGAUGGACAACAGACCUAGAAGAGAUGAAUGCCGAAAUGCAGAGGCUCAUUUUGGAGGUUGAACACAUCCGUGAAAUGCUGCGAGGUCUUAAGGGUGAUGUGGAACACAACAAGGAAAUGAUGAAGAGAGACAGGGAUGAGAUGAAACUGCUGGAGAAUGAAGUUCAACGAAGGAGAAGAGAGAUUGAAUACAGAGAAGAAAAGAUUACGAGGG